AUGUGACUUCUUCAUAUUACAGCUAGAGUGCAAGAUUUUUUUGGAAUAUAGCACUCUAUAUAAUAGAGUAUGUAUUCAGACUCUCGUUUUUCCGGCCAUGCACCACCUCUCUCGCUCACAUGUGACCCUCUAAUGUCAUCUAGACGUACUAUACAGUUUGGGUUGUGGACAGAACCAGCAGUAGUACGUACAUACUGUAUAUAUCGUGUCUUCAAUUUAUUAGCUAGCUAGCUAGUGUAACUGUUAACUACUGCUUCAAUCAUUGGUCAGUUAGCCGGCAAAUGAUUCCGAUGGGCCUCCGUGGGAUAAUUUUGCUGCAGUCUUUGAUGAUGAUCAUCAUCAUUGUGUCAUCAAUCACGGGCUGUAGUGUUGAAGGAAGACGACACUUUUACAGGAAACAAGAGAACGACGACAACAAAAUGCUGCAGGCUCCUUCCCCUGAUGAGGACAAUACCCCUGUUUCGCCGGUUCCUGCCGUAGUUCCCUCCGACCCCGUUGAAGGCGCGCCGCCGCCCGACGUCGACGACGAUUCUGGGCCGUGCGUUUUUGACGUCACCGACUACGGCGCGGUUGGCGAUGGCGAUACUGACGACACUGCCGCAUUUGUGGAUGCUUGGAAGGCCGCCUGCCAGGUUGAGGAUGCUCUUCUCUGGGCUCCUCCAGACCUUAAUUUUAUGAUCACUUCCACCAUUUUCUCCGGACCUUGCAAGCCCGGACUUGUUUUUCAGGUGGACGGAGUACUGAUGCCGCCGGACGGGCCGGAAUGCUGGCCGGAAAAGGACAGCGCGAAGCAAUGGAUUGUAUUUUACAAGCUUGAUGAUAUGACUUUCAACGGCACGGGAACUAUUGAAGGACAUGGGCAGAAAUGGUGGGAUCUCCCCUGCAAACCUCACCGGGGACCAAAGGGAUCAACAUUGCGAGGACCAUGUGACAGCCCGGCGCUCAUUCGUUUUUUCAUGAGCUCCAAUCUGGUGGUCAGUGGUCUCCGGAUCCAGAAUAGUCCUCAGUUCCACCUCAAAUUCGACGGUUGCGAUGGAGUUGAAAUUUAUGAUCUGUCUAUUUCUUCCCCCAAGCUUAGUCCCAACACGGAUGGCAUUCACGUCCAGGACACCACACGUGUCAGAAUCUACGACUCUGUCAUCGCUAAUGGGGACGAUUGCAUAUCAAUAGGGUCCGGAUGUUCUAAUGUUGAGAUCAAUGCAGUCACUUGUGGGCCCAGUCAUGGAAUUAGCAUAGGGAGCCUUGGAGUACACAAUUCACAGGCGUGCGUAUCUAACGUAACAGUAACGAACUCCGUGAUAAAAGAGUCGGACAACGGGCUGAGGAUCAAGACGUGGCAAGGCGGGACGGGGUCCGUGAGCGCCGUCACGUUCGACACCAUCCAGAUCGAAAACGUCCGUAACUGCGUCAUCAUCGACCAGUACUACUGCCUCACCAAGGACUGCCGCAACCAGACCUCCGCCGUCUACGUCCGGGACGUCACUUACCGCAACAUCAAGGGGACGUACGACGUCAGGACCCCGCCGAUUCACUUCGCGUGCAGCGACGCCGUCGCCUGCACCGGAAUCGUCAUGUCGGAGGUGGAGCUGCUGCCGUCGGAAGGGGAAUCGGUGGCCGAUCCCUUCUGUUGGAACGCGUACGGGGUUCUGGAGAGUUUGACCAUACCCCCAAUUGACUGCUUAUUGGACGGCACCCCGAGAUCCAUAUCAGAUGCGGCCCAGUAUACCUGCUGAGGGCUGAUACAUAAUAAUUAUUUCAACAUUCCUUCCUUUAUUUGUUCCACACAAACAUAAAUAAAUUGUUACUUAUAUACCUUAUAUCUUCUAUAUAUAAUACGUAGUAUUUACAUGGUAUGGAUGAGGAUGAUGAUAUAUCAUUGAUAUGUAGAUGAUUU